AUGGCAGCAUCCAUGUGCGCUUCCUUCGUUGUUGCGCGGCUCCUGCUGGUAAUACGGAUAUUCUGCCAGGGGACCGCCAGUGCCGCAGCCGCUGGCCAGCUGCGGGGCGCGGCACCGCCUGCCCAGGAGCCUUCCGCUGAUCCGUAUGCCAGGUAUGACAGGAGCCCCGUGCUGUCGGUCGAGGCCUGUGGGCGAGGAGAGAGGGAGCUGCUGCGCGAAGAGCUGGAGGCAGCAGCGUGCGCCUUCGUUGACGAGGCGAGGCUGAAAGGGACUUGCUCCGAAAGCGUCGUCGUCUGCUCUGCAGUCCAGAACUUCACGCACGGGGCAGCACGGGUGUUGAGCCACGAUGCAGGGAAACUCAUGCGACUCGCCGGAUUCCCUCAGCGCUGGGAUCCUCGAUCGAGGAGCGAUGAGUUCUACACUCAGUGGCGCGAUUAUGAAGGCAUCCUGGAACGGUUGGAGACAAUCGUUGCCGACGCAAGCGGCGUUGCGACGCUGGAGUUGCUCACCCCGGCGACCCCCGAGGGCCGCUACAUCCACGCGGUCCGCAUCCGCGAUGCUGCGUGGAUGCCAGGAUCUCCCAGGAUCGUUGUGAAUUGUCUGCUGCACGCCCGGGAGUGGCUCGCCGCGAUGGUGGGCACGUAUUUGGUGGAGCAUUGCGUCGCUAUGAAGGCCACUGACCCAAGCUGGCUGGCUGGCAUGGAGCUCGUCGUAGUGCCUGUUUCGAAUCCCGAUGGGUUCGUCUAUUCACAGACCGUGGACGCCAUCUACACGAACGUCGAUCACCCAGAUAAAGCAACGAUCGACGCUAUCGGACUGGAAAUGCAGAGCCGCAUUGCGGGUGUCAACGGCAGGAGCUACAUCUACGGCACGGGCGACGGCGACGGCGCACUCUACCUUGCAUCCGGCGUCAUGCCAGACUACUCCACCGAGCUAGGAGCAUACGGGUACACCGUCGAGCUACCGCCUGACUCGUGGUCUGGUGGAGGAUUCUCCCCGCCCACUUCGGAGAUUCUUCCUACAGGCGAGGAGAUGUUGGAGGCCGUCGGCGCGAUCGUGGGGUGGUUCUGCACGCUGGACGGCGCUUGCGUGGAAAGCCCCAACUACCCACAGAAUUACGACCCGGACCAGGCGUGCACCCUGGAGAUCUAUUCGGAGUUGGCGGCGCCCAUCGUGGUGGAGAGCUUCAACACGGAGUCGUACUUCGACACGCUCACGGUCAAUGGCGACGCCACGCGGUGCGAGUGGAAGUGGCAGGUCUCCCUGCAGACGCUCUCGGGCUUUCACUUCUGCGGCGGCGCGCUCAUCGCCGAGAAAUGGGUGAUGACAGCCGCCCACUGCAUGGGCAAUGCGUUCAAGGUCGUGGCGGGCCUCCACAGCAAGUCCACAGCAGACUCGGCCCAGGUGGAUCUGCAGGUGCAGCAGGACCAUUCGCAUCCCUGGUAUGACUCCUCGGCAUCUUCUUACGAUGUCGCCUUGGUGGAGUUGGUCGAGGGGCAAUGCGUUCAAGGUCGUGGCGGGUGUGCAGACUUGGAUCUGCAGGUGCAGCAGGGCGUCGGGACUUUCAUCGUAGCGUGCCUGCCAAGCGAGGACGUCGCUGACGGUGAGGAGUGCUUCAUCACUGGCUGGGGGACCCUCUCUUCUGGAGGGUCCUCCCCUGACCUGCUUCAGGAGGCGCAGGUGAAAGUCGUGAGCAACUCGGACUGCGGCGCUGCCUACGGCAGUGGGAUCAUCACCGAUGACAUGGUGUGUGCGCAGGGCGUCAACAGCGCCGGGCAAGUCACCGACGCCUGCCAAGGGGACAGCGGAGGGCCGCUCGUCUGCGCUUCCGGCGGUGCUGCUUACGUCCUUCACGGGGCCACGUCGUGGGGCUCCGGGUGCGCCAUGGAGCAGUACCCUGGCGUGUGGUCUCGGGUUCGCUACGUACGUGACUGGAUCGACGAAGUGAUGGGCAUGACGCAGCCACCGACUCCCAACUACCCCGAGGACUACAGCAAUGAUGAGGCGUGCGCCUUGGAGAUCGACUUGGGGAUGGCAGCACCGAUCGUGUUGGAGAGCUUCAGCACGGAGUUGUAUUUCGAUGUGCUCACGGUCAAUGGGUUACCUUACUCUGGCUCUGUCGGCCCGAGCGGGAUCACCCCGACGGCGGACAUCUUCUGGUCCUCCGACUCCAUUGACGCCACGCGGUGCGAGUGGAAGUGGCAGGUCUCCCUGCAGACGCUCUCGGGCUUUCACUUCUGCGGCGGCGCGCUCAUCGCCGAGAAAUGGGUGAUGACAGCCGCCCACUGCAUGGGCAAUGCGUUCAAGGUCGUGGCGGGCCUCCACAGCAAGUCCACAGCAGACUCGGCCCAGGUGGAUCUGCAGGUGCAGCAAGACCAUUCGCAUCCCUGGUAUGACUCCUCGGCAUCUUCUUACGAUGUCGCCUUGGUGGAGUUGGUCGAGGCAGCACCCAUGAACGACUGCAUCGGCGUAGCGUGCCUGCCAAGCGAGGACGUCGCUGACGGUGAGGAGUGCUUCAUCACUGGCUGGGGGACCCUCUCUUCUGGAGGGUCCUCCCCUGACCUGCUUCAGGAGGCGCAGGUGAAAGUCGUGAGCAACUCGGACUGCGGCGCUGCCUACGGCAGUGGGAUCAUCACCGAUGACAUGGUGUGUGCGCAGGGCGUCAACAGCGCCGGGCAAGUCACCGACGCCUGCCAAGGGGACAGCGGAGGGCCGCUCGUCUGCGCUUCCGGCGGUGCUGCUUACGUCCUUCACGGGGCCACGUCGUGGGGCUCCGGGUGCGCCAUGGAGCAGUACCCUGGCGUGUGGUCUCGGGUUCGCUACGUACGUGACUGGAUCGACGAAGUGAUGGGCAUGACGCAGCCACCGACGUCCGCACCUUCACCAACUCCAGUGCCCCCUCCGACGCCUGCCCCGCCGCCGACGCCAGCUCCUCAGCACAUGUGGGCGGCCAUCUCAGGGCCGUGCACGCUGGACGGCACGUGCGCGCAGAGUCCCAACUACCCCGAGGACUACAGCAAUGAUGAGGCGUGCGCCUUGGAGAUCGACUUGGGGAUGGCAGCACCGAUCGUGUUGGAGAGCUUCAGCACGGAGUUGUAUUUCGAUGUGCUCACGGUCAAUGGGUUACCUUACUCUGGCUCUGUCGGCCCGAGCGGGAUCACCCCGACGGCGGACAUCUUCUGGUCCUCCGACUCCAUUGUUGUCAGCAGUGGCUGGAGGCUGUGCCAGGGUGAAGCGCAGGUGAAAGUCGUGAGCAACUCGGACUGCGGCGCUGCCUACGGCAGUGGGAUCAUCACCGAUGACAUGGUGUGUGCGCAGGGCGUCAACAGCGCCGGGCAAGUCACCGACGCCUGCCAAGGGGACAGCGGAGGGCCGCUCGUCUGCGCUUCCGGCGGUGCUGCUUACGUCCUUCACGGGGCCACGUCGUGGGGCUCCGGGUGCGCCAUGGAGCAGUACCCUGGCGUGUGGUCUCGGGUUCGCUACGUACGUGACUGGAUCGACGAAGUGACGGGCAUGACGCAGCCACCGACGUCCGCACCUUCACCAACUCCAGUGCCCCCUCCGACGCCUGCCCCGCCGCCGACGCCAGCUCCUCAGCACAUGUGGGCGGCCAUCUCAGGGCCGUGCACGCUGGACGGCACGUGCGCGCAGAGUCCCAACUACCCCGAGGACUACAGCAAUGAUGAGGCGUGCGCCUUGGAGAUCGACUUGGGGAUGGCAGCACCGAUCGUGUUGGAGAGCUUCAGCACAGAGUUGUAUUUCGAUGUGCUCACGGUCAACGGGUUACCUUACUCUGGCUCUGUCGGCCCGAGCGGGAUCACCCCGACGGCGGACAUCUUCUGGUCCUCCGACUCCACUGCGGUCAGCAGUGGCUGGAGGCUGUGCCAGGGUGUGGACGCUGUAUGGUGCAGCAAGACCAUCGCCAUGCAGGUAGCUCCUCAGCACAUGUGGGCGGCCAUCUCAGGGCCGUGCACGCUGGACGGCACGUGCGCGCAGAGUCCCAACUACCCCGAGGACUACAGCAAUGAUGAGGCGUGCGCCUUGGAGAUCGACUUGGGGAUGGCAGCACCGAUCGUGUUGGAGAGCUUCAGCACGGAGUUGUAUUUCGAUGUGCUCACGGUCAAUGGGUUACCUUACUCUGGCUCUGUCGGCCCGAGCGGGAUCACCCCGACGGCGGACAUCUUCUGGUCCUCCGACUCCAUUGUUGUCAGCAGUGGCUGGAGGCUGUGCCAGGGUGACGCCACGCGGUGCGAGUGGAAGUGGCAGGUCUCCCUGCAGACGCUCUCGGGCUUUCACUUCUGCGGCGGCGCGCUCAUCGCCGAGAAAUGGGUGAUGACAGCCGCCCACUGCAUGGGCAAUGCGUUCAAGGUCGUGGCGGGCCUCCACAGCAAGUCCACAGCAGACUCGGCCCAGGUGGAUCUGCAGGUGCAGCAAGACCAUUCGCAUCCCUGGUAUGACUCCUCGGCAUAUUCUUACGAUGUCGCCUUGGUGGAGUUGGUCGAGGCAGCACCCAUGAACGACUGCAUCGGCACGCUCAUCGCCGAGAGGUGGGUCCUGACAGCUGCCCACUGCGUGGACGACUUCUUCUCUGUCGUGGCGGGCAGCCACAGCCAGUCCGCAGCAGACUCGAGCCAGGUGGAACUGCAGGUGCAACAGGUGCAUUCUCAUCCGCUGUACGGCUCUUCGGGCUAUUCUUACGACUUUGCCCUGGUGGAGUUGGCCGAGGCCGCACCCAUGAACGACUGCAUCGGCGUAGCGUGCUUGCCAAGUGAGGGCGUGGCUGACGGUGAGGAGUGCGUCAUCACUGGCUGGGGGACCCUCUCCUCUGGAGGGUCCUCUCCUGACCUGCUACAGGAGGCGCAGGUGAACAUCGUGAGCAACUCGGACUGCGGAGAGGCCUACGGCAGUGGGAUGAUAACGGAUGACAUGUUGUGCGCGCAGGGCGUCAACAGCGCUGGGGAAGUCACCGACGCCUGCCAAGGCGACAGCGGAGGGCCGCUCGUCUGCGCCUCUGGCGGCGCUUACGUCCUUCACGGGGCCACGUCGUGGGGCUCCGGGUGCGCCCAGGCGCAGUACCCUGGAGUCUGGUCUCGGGUCAGCUACGUGCGCGGCUGGAUCGACGGGCUGAUGGGUAUGACGCAGUCCCCGACACCUCCGCCACCACCUACGCCUGCUCCUCCUUCGACACCUCCACCGCCACCGACGCAGUCCCCGACACCUCCGCCACCACCUACGCCUGAUUCUGCUUCGACACCUCCGCCACCACCUACGCCGGCGUCCAAGCAGAAGGUGCUCUGCCUUCAUGGUGGCGGUGGCGACGGGCCGUCUUUCGAGGCAGAUCCGGGAAUGGCUGCACUGCAGAGCGCUUGGAGCGAGAGCUUCGAGUUCGUCUUCGCUGACGCGCCUUACGCCGGUGGGCUCUGGAUUCCAGAUCCACCUGGAGGGAAAGACGAGCCUACGACGGACCCAAACUGGGCAUCGGAGUCAGUGGAGUAUCUGGACGGACUUGUGCAAGAGCACGGGCCAUUCUUUGGUAUCUUGGGUUACUCGCAGGGUGCGGCAUUCGUACCGCUGUAUCUUUCCCACGCUGCUGCGGGUUCCUUUCAGGUGGCAAUGUUGUUCUGCGGGUAUCUUCCAAGCACGCAUCUUGGCAUCCUGGACACGAUAAGUUCAGGCAGUCCGUUCGAUGACAUUCACGCUCUGGUGUUCAUGGGCGUGUACGAUUUUAUUAUCAGCAACGAGAUGACACUGGAGCAGGCUGCCCUAUUUACUUCGCCCGUCGUCAUUACGAGCAGCAGCGCUGGUCACAAUUUGCCAUUUCCUUCGGAUCCAACGUUCAGCGAUGUCCUAGAUUAUCUCGAGGAGAGCUUAGCAUCGACGCCAGAACCUGAGCCAGAACCAGAGCCCUCUCCGACGCCAGCCCCGCUGCCGACGUCCAGUGGUACUUGCGGCAUGAAAGGCUCCGACGAUACCCCCUGGACGAACAAUAGGGUGAUCAACGGGCAAGACUCCACCGAGUGCGAGUGGACGUGGCAGGUUGGGCUGACGAGCGUGCCCCUUUUUGCGGUGGUACGCUCAUCGCAGACAGGUGGGUGCUUACAGCGGCUCACUGCGUAG